UGGCUGAACGGUAUCGGCCCACCGCCCUUCGCGCGUCGGCCGAGGGGCGACACUGCUCUUUAAGCGCGCGCGGGAGGCGGGGCAGCGGUGCUGGCCGGGCGCACGGGGAGUCGGCGGCUGUCAUGACGGACGGCACGUGUCUGCGCCGGAGACGGCGUUCCGGCCAGACGGAGCCCGCCACCGACCCCAGUCGCUGGCGCCUCAGCAACGAGAAGGGGCGGCAGACGUGGACGUUCUUCCCGGAGGGCCGCGACCCGGGCCGAGCGCAGAGCGGGCUGGAAGCCCACUACCUGGGGCUGGACACGGGGCGUCACUUUAAGGACUUGCCCAAAGCCCACACGGCCCGUGAGGGGGCUCUGAAUGGGAUGGCGUUUUACGCGGGGCUGCAGGCGGAGGAUGGACACUGGGCGGGUGAUUAUGGCGGCCCACUCUUUCUCCUGCCAGGUCUGCUCAUCACGUGUCAUGUGGCGCACAUCCCUCUGCCAGUUGGAUACAGAGAAGAGAUUGCACAGUACCUGUGGUCGGUGCAGCUCCCUGAUGGCGGCUGGGGCCUGCACACUGAGGACAAGUCUACGGUGUUUGGAACUGCGCUCAACUAUGUGUCUCUGAGAAUUCUGGGUGUUGGGCCUGAUCAUCCUGACCUGGUUCAAGCCCGGAACUUUCUUCACAAGAAAGGUGGCGCUGUGGUCAUCCCCUCUUGGGGCAAGUUCUGGUUGGCUGUCCUGAACGUUUACAGCUGGGAAGGCCUCAACACUCUGUUCCCAGAGCUGUGGCUGUUUCCCAGGUGGGUGCCGGCACAUCCCUCCACACUCUGGUGCCAUUGCCGGCAGGUGUACCUGCCUAUGAGUUACUGUUAUGCCACCCGGCUGAGUGCCGAGGAGGACCCGCUGAUCCGGAGCCUCCGCCAGGAGCUCUACGUGGAGGACUAUGCCAGCAUCGACUGGCCGGCGCACAGGAGCAGCGUGGCCCCUGACGAAGUGUACACGCCUCACAGCUGGCUGCUCCGCCUGGUGUAUGCCAUCCUCAACUUGUACGAGCGCCACCAUAGUGCCGGCCUGCGGCAGCGGGCCACACAAAAGCUGUACGAGCACAUCUUAGCGGACGACCGCUUCUCCAAGUGCAUCAGCAUCGGCCCGAUCUCGAAAACCAUCAACAUGCUUGUGCGCUGGUAUGUGGAUGGGCCCGCCUCCGCCGCCUUCCAGGAACAUGUCUCCAGGAUUCCUGACUACCUCUGGCUAGGCCCGGACGGCAUGAAGAUGCAGGGCACCAACGGCUCACAGAUCUGGGACACCGCGUUUGCUGUCCAGGCUCUGCUGGAGGCGGGGGCGCACCACAGGCCCGAGUUCUCGUCCUGCCUGCAGGCGGCGCACAGGUUCCUGCAGCUCUCACAGAUCCCAGCCAACUUCCCUGAUUACCAGAAGUACUAUCGCCAGAUGAGCAAGGGCGGCUUCUCCUUCAGCACGCUGGACUGUGGCUGGGUAGUGGCCGACUGCACCGCUGAGGCCUUGAAGUCUGUACUUCUGCUGCAAGAGAAGUGCUCCUCCAUCACCAAGCACAUCCCAAGGGAGCGGCUGUUUGAUGCUGUUGACGUGUUGCUGAACAUGAGAAAUCCCGAUGGAGGGUUUGCCACCUACGAAACCAUGCGUGGGGGCCACUUGUUGGAGCUGCUGAACCCCUCGGAGGUGUUCGGGAGCAUCAUGAUUGACUACACAUAUGUGGAGUGCACCUCGGCCGUGAUGCAGGCGCUGAAGCUCUUCCACCACCGUUUCCCGGACCAUCGGGUUGCAGAGAUCAGGGAGACCCUCGAGGAGGGCCUGGACUUCUGUCGGCAGAAGCAGAGGGCUGAUGGCUCCUGGGAAGGAUCUUGGGGGGUUUGCUUCACCUACGGCACCUGGUUUGGGCUGGAAGCUCUCGCCUGCAUGGGGCACACUUACCGAGAAGGGGCCGCCUGUGUGGAGGUCUCCCGGGCCUGUGGCUUCUUGCUGUCCCGGCAGAUGGUGGAUGGAGGCUGGGGGGAGGACUUUGAGUCCUGCAAGCAGCGGCGCUAUGUGCAGAGCACCCAGUCCGAGAUCCACAGCACCUGCUGGGCCCUCAUGGGGCUGAUGGCUGUCAGGCACCCUGGCCUGGCGGCCCUGGAGAGAGGAGUCAGAUGUCUGCUGGACAAACAGCUCCCCAAUGGCGAAUGGCCCCAGCACAGCAACAGCGGGGUCUUCAACAAGUCUUGUGCAAUCAACUACGACAACUACAGGAACAUCUUCCCCAUCUGGACCCUCGGCCGCUUCUCCUGCCUGCACCCUGAGAGCGCCCUCGCUGGCUGCCCCUGAGAGCACGUGUGGGCGCCUGGCCAGUAUGGGGCUGCCAUGUGUGUGCCAUGCCAGGCCAGGCCGCCCACUUGCAGACAGCAGACCUUCAGGGUAGGCUUAGUUCUGAGACUAACUUGUCCAGUAUGGGUGGGGAAGGUGCUUGGGGAAGCACAGUGUGUUCUGUGGGGUCUGUAGUGCAGGGCAUGGUGUGUACCUGCUGUAGGGCUGGGAGGGCUUCCUCCACCUGCAGACAGUUGUUGGGAGGGGUGCAGUGGCCUCGCGCGUUUCCACCUGGUGCAGUCGCGUCAGCUCAGCUGGGGACUCGUGGGCCUCCCCAUGCCUGACAGGGAGAGGCUGGCUGCCUUAUCACUGGCCACCAGGGCUCUGCCAGCAGUGGGAACCAGACUGGGAAGUGUCCUGUGGCCACACAGAGGGGAGCCAGACAUGGCACGCUGUCCCCACCCCAGGUCUCGACCCCACCCAAGCGGUCUUGUGGUUCACCCAGUAGGUGGGGUGCUGGCGUCCCCUGUUCUUGUGGGUGGCAAACCUAACAAGGGGCAGGGGUCGUCAGUGGCUCAGUGGUCCACAUCAUGGGGCACUGCUGUGUGGGGACAGCUGUGCGCCCAGCCUGCUACUCCCCACCCACUCCAGCGAGUCAGGCGGGAUGCCCCGGGGCAUCCUUCCAGCUGCGCCCAGCCCUCACACCCUAGGUUGUGCCCUGAGCCGAAGCCUGGCCAGAUUUCCAGGGCAAUGCCUCUUGAGGGGCAGACCUCUGAAUUCCCCUCUGGUUUCCAACCCUGUCUGGUUUGGCGAGCAUGGAUUUGGAGCUCAAGGUGGAAAAGCCGGGUCCUGGGUUUAACCACGAAGACGAGUACCCACGUGCCCAAGCUUCCCUGGGAGUGUGGUUGUGAGGGGCCCCUGGGAGCUCUGAGGAGAGGACAACCCAGGCCUGGCAUUGCCACUGGGCGCCUCUGCCUGCUCUUGCUCUGCGCCCUCCCUUGGUGACCUCCCCACACUCCCUCAGACAGCCAAGAGACGUCUGGAUGCCCACUGCCCGACACCCCUCAGGGCCCUGGCUGUUGCUUUGCCCCUGCAGCUCCUGUGGCCCCUGCUCACUGCCCAACUCCGCCUGGGGCUCACCUGCUUCGGGGCCUUGCCUGUGCUGCCCCUUUGCGGACCUGCCCCAGGGUGGUGCUCCCCCAACUCUGAGCCAGCAAGAAGUGCAGUGGCUGCUCGGCGGGUACCUGAGCACCGACACCACACUUCUCCCAGACCUUUUAAAUGGGCCUGUUUGGGCUGAGGGAACUGUGCUGGGGUCCUUGUGAAGCCUAUGCGGUUUGCUCUCACCCUUCUUUUCUUAGCCCUGAUUCUCAACCAGCUUGGGCCACAGCACAGUGAUUUUCCACAGCCUGCUCCUUGCAGUGGCCGCUGCCCCAGUCAGGCUCCCAGUUUAAGUCCAGAAACAAACCAGGAGGGAUGAAAACCCAUCUAUAUGCUGGAAAUGUUAAGUCGUUUCACUGAGAUGACCCACCACUAUAGCAGACGUGGUUCCUGUGGGCCAAAGCAGCCCCUGUUGCGUUUGGUCAUCCCGGGGGCAGCCGCAUCUGGGGUUCUCUGAUGCAGCCACUGUGCACCACGUUGGACGCCGGGGCAGCCCCCCUUCAGUUCAGGGAACCAGAGGAGCUGCUUGCAGAUGGGCAGCAUGCACCUCCUGGGGGGGGAAGUGAUUGGUCUCGGCUGGACUGGAAGUCAAGUGAAUUGCUGGGGAGUCCUGGAUCCCGAGUGCCGCAGGCUGUGCUGGCCGUUCUCCUGGGGCUCCCGUGUGACCGUCUGGAAAUGGCAGAGCCUUCCUCUUGUGAAUCUAGCUGGGAAUGCUGAAGUCACAGGGAAAACUCUAAAAAAAAAAUACCUUUCCUUACUGAACAUAAUCAACACUGCUUCACAGGUUUAAGUCUUAAUUAGACAAUAAAGAUAUUUUAAAA